UCCGUACCUUAUUGCUAAUAAAUAAUAAAUGAUGGACUUUUUAGCUAAUUCCCAUAAUAUAAAAUCUAAGGAAAAUACAAAAAAGAUUACACUACUUAACAAAAACAUCCCCUCUUUCCGACAAUCCGGAGGGAGAGGAUGAAAGGUAGAGAGAGAAACUCAGCCAACUUUUAAGAGAGAGAAAUAAAAGCCUUAUGAAACAGCCGAUACCUCAAGCCAUGGGCGGUGCUUCGGUUUCUGUGAAUUCUGUGUGAUUUUAGAUCACUUGGCCGGAGAAAUCAAUGGAAAUGCCUGGUAGACGAUCCAAUUACACUUUACUCAGCCAAAAUCCCGAGGAGCAGUACUAUCACCACGCGCCGCCUAAGCAGCCCAAACUCGCCGCCGGCGGAGGCGGACCAUUGGCUCAGCAGCCUUCCUACUACGAGUCUCACUCCGGCGAGGGUAAUAAACUCAAGUCUGAAUGGGACGCGGUUGAUCAUCGAACCGCGCAGGCGCAAUCGCAGCAGCAGAGCCGGAUCGGAGGUUUUGGAUUGCAGAAGCAGUCGAGCGGGAGCAGUUUCGCCGAGAGCUCUGUGUCGGGGGAUUAUUACGUGCCGUCACUUUCGAAUCCCGAGAUUGGUGGUGGUGGCCAUUUCAGUGACGGCGGCGGCGGCGAAUUCAGGGUGAAUACGGCGGAGGUUUCUGCCGGAGGCUCGUCUUUUUCGAAGAGCUGGGCGCAGCAGACGGAGGAGAGCUACCAAUUGCAGCUGGCGUUGGCUCUUCGUCUGUCAUCGGAAGCUACCUGUGCCGACGAUCCUAAUUUCUUGGAUCCUGUACCUGAUGAAUCCGUAUCCGCCUCUUCUUCACCGUCCGCCUCCGCUGAGGCGAUUUCUCAUCGAUUCUGGGUAAAUGGCUGUUUAUCAUACUCCGACAAAGUUCCAGAUGGGUUUUGCAUGAUUAAUGGGAUGGAUCCAUAUGUUUGGUCUAUGUGCUCUGAUCAUAAGGAAAGUGGCCGCAUUCCAUCCCUCGAAUCGUUAAGGACUGUUGAUCCCACCAUUGCCUCUACAGUUGAAGUGAUUUCGGUAGAUCGACUAGGUGACCCCAGCUUGAAAGAGCUGCAGAACCGAAUUCAUAACUUGUCAUCUAUUUGCAUCACUACGAAAGAAAUUGUUGACCAGCUUGCGAAGCUAGUUUGCAAUCAUAUGGGUGGCGCAGCUUCCAAUGGGGAAACUGACUUAGUUAGCAUUUGGAAGGAGUGCAGUGAUGACUUAAAAGACUGCCUGGGUUCCAUUGUGCUUCCUAUUGGCAGUCUGUCCAUCGGACUAUGCAGACAUCGUAGUCUGCUAUUCAAAGUUUUAGCUGAUAUUAUUGGCUUACCUUGUCGAAUUGCAAGAGGAUGUAGAUAUUGCACGCGAGAAGAUGCUUCAUCAUGCCUUGUUCGAUUUGGGCUUGACAGGGAGUAUCUUAUUGAUUUGAUUGAGAAACCAGGAUUCUUACACGAGCCUGAUUCGUUGCUGAAUGGUCCUUCUACAAUCUCGAUUUCUUCACCAUUACGCUUUCCGCGAUUUAGGAAGGUGGAACCUACAGUUGAUUUCAGGUUGUUGGCCAAACAGUUUUUCUCGGACUUUCAAUCACUUAAUAUUGAGUUCGAUGAUUCUUUAGCAGCUGGAACUGCUAUAGAUGGAGAUACUGGUGUUUCCAUGUACCCUAAACAAUCAGAGGCAACUUACAUGGAUAGAACCAGCUAUCCACCAAGCUCAAGCAAUAAAGAGGAAAUUUCUAGCAUGCCAUUUCACACAAAUUCGUGGAUAAAGGUUAGAGGUAAAGAGCAAUUGCUCUCAAAGCCAACUAAUGCGCAGGAUGUUGUAAGCUCCACAAACUUAGUCAAAGGUUCGAUCCCUUUGAAGCUUAUUCCUCCAACUGGGAAUCACGCUAUUCAUCCACUUAUCUCUCUGCUGAAUCCAAGAGUAGUUACAAAUAACGAUAUGAUGUUUGGUGAAGGAGGUCAAUUAGUUUCAUCUAGAAGAAGUGAAUUUACAUUUGAUGUUGACGAUCUCAAUAUCCCGUGGAGUGAUCUUGUCUUGAAAGAGAAAAUUGGGGCAGGUUCUUUUGGAACAGUCCAUCGUGCUGAGUGGAAUGGUUCUGAUGUUGCUGUGAAGAUUCUCAUGGAACAAGACUUCCAUCCAGAGAGAUUCAAUGAAUUUUUACGAGAGGUCACAAUUAUGAAAAAAUUGCGCCAUCCAAAUAUUGUGCUAUUUAUGGGUGCUGUAACUGAACGACCGAACUUAUCGAUAGUAACAGAAUAUUUAUCAAGAGGUAGUCUGUUCAGACUUUUGCAUAACCUUGGUGCAAGAGAGGCGCUGGAUGAGAAACGUCGGCUGAGCAUGGCUUAUGAUGUGGCAAAGGGUAUGAACUAUCUUCAUAAACGCAAUCCUCCUGUUGUUCAUCGGGACUUGAAAUCUCCUAAUCUUUUAGUUGAUAGAAAGUAUACUGUGAAGGUCUGUGAUUUUGGCCUUUCCCGUUUUAAAGCAAACACAUUUCUUUCAUCCAAAUCUGCUGCUGGAACUCCUGAGUGGAUGGCACCUGAAGUGCUUCGUGAUGAACCAUCAAAUGAAAAAUCAGACGUAUACAGUUUUGGUGUAAUUUUAUGGGAGCUGGCGACAUUGCAGCAACCCUGGGGUAACUUGAACCCUCCACAGGUUGUGGCAGCUGUUGGUUUUAAGGGAAAAAGGCUUGAAAUUCCACGAGAUGUGAAUCCUCAAGUAGCAGACCUUAUUGAAGCUUGCUGGACCGACGAACCUUGGAAGCGGCCUUCCUUUUCCAGUAUCAUGGAAUCUUUGAGAGUACUAUUGAUCAAGUCUCCUCCGCCAACUCAGCAAGGUCGUUGAAAGGCCUUUGCUCACUUGAAACUGCAGGUUCUCCCAGUGUACAUUGUAAUCCGCCACGAGAGAAUACAUUUCAUUCUUGAAGUUGCUUACAAAACUGUAUAGCUGCAAAAACUGUAUGUGCGAGGUAUGAUAAUAAUGUAAGGAGUUCUUAAACAACACUCUUGAUGACGAUAAAGUUUCUUUGAACAGGAAAAUUGGGAAAAUUUAGUCCUGUAAAUUGAAAACAAAUAAACUGCAAUCCUUUAAUUUUGAUGAUAAUUACAGUUUUAGGAAAA